UAAACUAGCUGUCUUAUAUAAAUGUACUCAGUGUUAUUAGAAAAGAAAACGACUGACUACUUCAAUACCCAUGCCAAUAAAUGACUUAUCAAACUAGUGAAAUUCAAAUGUACAACAACUUACUAGGCCAAUGAGAUUUGAGUUUAACGUACAUUUAAGGACGGAGGAGGGGUUUAAGAAAACAUUUUGCUUUAAAAAUUAUAAUCGAGUGGAACGCUCUUAAGUAUUUAACAUUUAGUCAAAAAGAUAGUCUUUCAGUUGGAAUAAAUAUAUAGAAAGUUAAAAAUUAAAAAAAAACUGCAGACGUUUUGAUGCGCGGAGACAAUAUUGUCAGCUAUAGUAUAAUAAAGAAGUACAUGUAUUUCAACUCCAAAACUGGUUUUAUACAUAUUGAAUAUUGAACCAAGACUAAGUGUAUAUACUAAAAGUCAAACACGACAGAAACGUAUAAUAAAUGUGAACUCCUGACUUUAAGAUGGAACAAUUCCGCAUUCUCACCGGACUUAUAUUCUGGAUGAUAUUUUUACAAGCAACAGUCGUUUUUACUUGUCCAACAAACUGCAGAUGCAGAGGAAAGGCAGCAAAAUGUGUAACUGGGUUUUCUUCAUUUCCAAUCGGUCUAGAUGCAACAACCGAGUACCUCGGCAUAUCUGGUUCCGAAUCCCAACAAAACAAUAUUUCGGUGAUACGUCAGGCAGAUUUCUCGAAAGUAGGAAGUCUAUUUUCUCUAGCUAUUACUUUCAGUGGUGUACAGCAUGUAGAGGACGAGGCAUUUUCCAACCUCCGAAAUUUGCACGUUCUAAAUCUAGCAAACAAUGACAUUCAAGAAUUGUCAGCAAAUUCGUUCAAAGGACUAUCAGGGCUGAAUUCAUUGGAUUUGUCAGGAAAUAAAUGCGGCUUUAAUAAAACUAUAUUUAGAUAUAUUGGUAGUGUUGAGCACUUAAAUCUUGGAGACAUGAACAUCAAAGUCCUACAAAAUGGAUUAUUUGACUUUGUGCCGAUGCUGAAAAAUCUACGGUUGUACCUGAACGGGAUAUCGAAGAUACCUACAAAUGUCUUUUCACCACUCAAAUCCUUGGGAUACUUAGAUAUAAGUUCCAAUCAACUGUCGGGAAUUCAAGAUGAAUUGAAACCUACUUUCAUAAAAAUACAUUUAAAUCUUGGAGAAAAUCCCUGGCAAUGUAACUGUCAGUUGCUAUGGUUACGUGAACUUCCAGGAAGUACCAUUCACGGUAUGAUUGACUCCAAAGAAGUAGUCUGCAAUGGCCCGUCAAACUUGAAAUAUGCAUCUUUCAGUUCUAUUCCUGACAAUAUGUUUCACUGCGUUCCAAUCAAAAUAAAAGAAUGUGAAAAUAUAAGCCAUUCCCUAGAAGUACAGAAAACAGUUUUACUGUCUUGCUUGUUUGAAGGUGAUCCAAAACCGGAGGUUAAAUGGAUACGUCCAGAUGGCUUUGAAAUCGUCGGUAGAGGAACUGUCAAUGGAAGUUACGAACUGUUCGAGAAUGGAACACUCUUUAUCAAUAAUGUGACUGGGUACGAUCACGGCGAGUGGAUGGUAGCAGCGUAUAACAAAUCAACACACGUGGAUAAACGCAUUAAAAUAAAUGUGAUCACACUCUCAACUUCUACAGCCGUCUAUUCAUCUGAAGCGUUGUCAACAGAAAAGAAAACCAUUUCUUCAGUAUCUGCUCCAACUUCGACGACAAAGAACUCUUCAACGGAAUUAAACUUGAUAAAGUCAGAAGCAUCAAUGGCCAUUACCAGAACACCACAUUACUUCGCGACAGAGGGCCUAAAAUCGAGUUCCAUGAGACUUUCGUGCAGUGUUUAUUAUGUCAUUAUGACGAUGAUUAUCUUCUGCUAUGUGGGCAAGAUAUAGAAACGGUUAACAUAAAUCUAAGAUAUCAUGUUUGUUAUGUCUAUUUCAAUUUUAUACUAUUUUCAAACAUAUAUUGACAAAGCUGUUUUUACUAUUGUAUGGUUGUGAAACAAAUAUCAGAUAAUGGGCGAAAACGAUGAAAAAGAUCUAUCUGUUCCUGUGAUUUAGGAAAUUCUUACUAUUUUGAUUACCUAUAAUUUUCAUUUUCGGAGAUGAAGCAAAUUUGGAAAACAUACAAAUUUGUUAAAAGUGUCCUGCUCUAUUAGAAGAUAUAAUGGCAAGACUGCACUAUAUUUAGAGCAAUUAUUUUUGAUUUAAGGUGUAUGGAGACAGCACUUUUUUACAAAGACAUAUCAGUUAUACGGUUUUAGUUUUGGUGUAUCAGUAUUUAUAUCACAAUUAAUUUUAUCACUGUAGUACUCUGUGCAAUUCAAUUGUUACCAACAUAUUCAAAAAGAGGACGUGCGCGGAUUUUUCUUUAAAAAAAAUGAUGAUAGUGCACUAGAAUCAAACGACAAAAUAUUGAUAUAUAAAAAAUAUUGUAAUGAAACAUACAUGGCUACUAAAUGCAGAUUUUUUGGAGUAACAGAAGCACAUGUUGCUGACAUGGGGCGUUUCAAAACUGUUUAGAUACAGGUUGUAAUUA